AUAUACUUACAUAGUUUUUUUAUUACUUCUAAAUUUAAUUUGAUAAAAAUGAAAGGUGUAGAAUAUCUUACAUUUUAUUUUAUAUUUAAUUAUUGUGUGUGUAUAUGAAUUGUAAAGUGUCUACUUUAUGUUCUAGAUGUUUUAGAAAAUCAUUAAGAAAGAAAAAGUCAUGGCGCAGAGUUCACACGGUGGGAGUCAUAGACGAAGUCGAGACCAUGAAGGCGCAAUGAGGUAUACCAAUACAGAUUGGGAAGCGAAAGAAGCACUUUACCAGCGGGAACUUGAUGAAGCUCGCGCCAGAGCCACACAGAUGGAGAAAACAAUGAGGUGGUGGUCCGACUGUACUGCUAACUGGAGAGAAAAGUGGACUAAAGUACGCAACGAACGUAAUAAAGCUAGAGAAGAAGUGAAGCAGCUUAAAACUAAAGUAGAGACAUUAUCUAAAGAAUUAAAUGCAACUAAAUUGGAAAAGGGAGAUUUGGAGCAGCAAAUUAAUGGACUGAAGCUAGAUAAUGAAAAAUUGCUAAGUAUUGGUGAGAGUAGAAUUGUAUCUGGUGAUUUAACCACGGAAGAUGGGGUGGAAUUGAGAAAAAAGAAUCCAAGCUUCUCUCCAAAUGAACCUUCAUACAGGCAGAGGGCAUCAUUAGACUCUCACAAAUUUGGCAACAUAGAUAACGUACUUUCAAAUAAGUUAGGCGAAAUGCGUCUUCGAUUAGACGAAACAGUCAAAAGCCUAAAAAGUGAAAAGGAACAAAAAGCUUUCUUGAUUGCCAAAAUAGAAACUUUGACAGCUGAACUCCAUCACGCCAAGAUGGAGAUAGCUCAUGGUGAUAGAACGAUAGGUUCAACAGAUUCUAGUCAUAGUGAAGUGGAAAGGUUGCAAAACGAAUUGCAAGACGAAAUUGCAGCAAAGCAGGUACUAGAAGAGAAAAUAGCUGAACUUAAAAUGGAUAUUGAGAGGCUGAAGUCAGAGAAUACUGUGCAGUGGAGUAAACGAGAGUUGUUGGAAACUGAAAAUAUAGCAAUAUUAAGAGAGAACAAGAAACUGUAUGGCCAAGUUUGUGAAUUGAGGGAGCAAAUUCAUAAACUGAAUAGAAUAUCAGAUGGAAGCAUUUAUGGAGUACCAUUUAAUGAUCACAAUAGAUUAGAUUCAAAUGUAUUAUACAUAAGAAAGACUAGUGUUAGUCCCAGAUCUCAAUCAAGUAAUGGAUCUUCAGAAGCUAAUUUGGCUCAUAUAGAUAUGAAAACAAAUACUUCUGGGGAGGAUGAUGAGUUGGCAAUAGUGGAAAGAAGUGAAAUAUGAAUUUAUAUAUUACACAUACCUGAAUUAAUAUUUUCCACUGCAAUCUCAAGUUUGUCAAAUCUUGUUUUUCUUUGUCAUGUCAAAUUUUUACUAUGUCAAAUGUAAUGUAAUGAAGUAAUUUUCAAAAAGUAUUUACUUCAGAAAUUGUUGGCGUAUAAGUUAGUUAAAUAUUUGAAACAAAUUAAGAAAUUAACAAAGUAGCUGAUCUCAAUAGUCAUUUUAUUGGGUGUUAAAAUGUUUUCGAACAGGAUAACUAAAAAAUAUGACUAUGAUUUAAAGUAUUGGUCCAUAAACAAAGUCUAAAUUAUUUCCGAAAACCUGAAACAUUUGAAUGCGUAAAAGUUUUUUUCCCCCAAUAUCCUAUGUAACAUAAUUGAAUAAAAUUUAUAGUUAUUACUUAUUGAAAAAUAAAUGUGAGUGUCGUAGUAGAAAAGAAUGUAAAAUUUGUUGAAAAUGUGAUAGUCUAGUUUUUGAAUUAGAUAGUAUAGAUUACUGUGGAGUAAAUUUAUUUCAAGUUAAAUAAUAGUCAAAUGUAGAAACCAUUUUGCGUAUGGAUGCAAAAAAAUAUUGAUUAUAGAAGUAAGCCUGGUUUGGAAACCCUGAGAAAAAUAUUAGUGUAAUAAUAUUGAGGAAUCCCUAAGACGACCUCGACUUGAACGGUCAUUGCAGAAUCAAAAGCUAUAGAGAAGAUGCUGAAGUGGAGAGAAAUACAAGACCAACCAGAAUAAUAAGUCCUUCAAUUAAAUUGUUUUUGCUUCGAAUAUGCAUGAAAUUCUAAACUGUUCUGCUCCUUGUACAGGUAUUAAUUUAUUUAUUGCUAAACUUGCCUCUAAUAUGUGUUAGGUAUAUCGCGAGAUUAAUUGUUAAGUAGGAAUAUUAUGUAUUAGGUUCAAAAUAGCUUUCAAUUAGAUUAGUUCGAUCAUGCAAUAAUUUCUCGUCCACUAAUAAGCGAAUCUGUUUCAAUCGCGAUUAAUAUUUGAGCGUUAUUAGGCAUGGAGUCUUGUUUUAAACAACCAAUCUAUGUGGCUAUUUAUGUACACAUCUCAUUUCCGCCGAGAGGAGAAUAUACCCCAUUUUUGUAUAACCCGCGCGCGUUGGUUUUAAAUGGUAAUGUUUUUUUUACCCCCUUAUUCAUAAUAAUAUGAAUAAGGGGGUUAAUCUUUACGAUAAAUUCUCGUGGAUCUAGAUCUAGACUCCGCAAAAUGUGUGAAGGCAUUUCAUUCUGCUUCCUAAUAAGAAAAUGUUUUAUCUGUGCGAAAAAUGUCCAAGUCGCGGUAAGUGCUAGUAGGUUUUGGGUAAGGUCCGAGUAUGAGAGGGGUAAGGGUAUGGAAGGUUUCUGAUGAUUUCUUAUUGCAGUUAUUGUAGUGGAAAACGAGUGCUGGAGAAUGAGGUUUAAUUGAGCUUUAUAUUGGAGCGAUUAUGAUGAAUAUCAAUUGAGGAAUCUGACCUGUUUUUCUGCGAGUUUUUUUGCUUUUCUGUUGACUUAGGAGUUCUGCAUAAUAGAAUCAGUAGAUAUCUACUGUUAUUGUUGGAUGGUUUCUGAAUAACAUUAGGUAUUUAACAGCAAAUUACGAGAAUAACACUUAUAGUACCUACCUAAAUUGUUUUAUAUAACUUCAUAAAACACACAAUCUCUUAACUAUAUUGAACUACUGCUAGCUGUCCUUGUCGCUCGCUUACAAUUCUUAUUUAAUCUCGCUCACACAGUCGGCACUAAGUUGAAUGUCCGAAACUAUAUUUGCCUCGUGACUACUAUAACAGUACUUCAUUUUCCUUCCAGUUUUUGUUCUAUAGGUAUUAAAUGCUCAUUCUACGGGUAUAUGUAAAAUGGCUUAUAGAAUAGAUGCGCGGUAUAGUGUUUUUGAAUUUAUAGUUCUUUUGGCGCGUUAGGGAAAAACUAUCAGAUUUCGAGUGAGAGGUGCCUUUGCACAGGAUGCCGGCUAGAUUAUGGGUACCACAACGGCGUCUAUUUCUGCCGUACCGCCUUGGUAGAGAGGCUUGGGUCUCUCGUAUCUGAAAUAUGAGUUUUAUUAAACAUCCAAUGGACGGUAAUUGAAUUAAAUUUUAAUUUAAACAAGUCUUAAAAUAAUUAUUUGAUAAUAAUAUUUAAUUACACGUUACUUAACUGAAUUAUGCGGUAUAAUAAUAAAUUUUUUCAUUGGUUGUAUUUAAUGAGAAAAGUUUGAUGAACUAAUUCAAAAAUCUCAACUUACAAAGAUAUAUUGUAUAAAAAUAGUUUUUGAACUACCCGCAGUUUUAUAUAUUAAUGUUAGCCUAAAAUUAUAUUUAUCAGAAAUGCCUAAUUUAUCUAUUUUUACAAUGUAAUGUAGGUAUGAAGUGUGAUUAAAUAUUGCCAGAUUUUAAAUAAAACGAAUAAUUGCA